AUGAUUGCGGCAACGGCAGCCAUGAUUGCCACCAAAAUGCAACUUGUGCAAAUACCGCUGGAAGCUUUAAUUGCAGCUGUCAGUCAGGAUUCGCAGGAAAUGGCCGCCAAUGUCAUGGUAUAAUAUUGCCCGAUUUUCAAUUGAUCUGAAGGUUUGUGUCGAUCUUGAAUUAUGUUUUACAUUUUUUUUCCCUUCUUUUUAAUUAGAUAUCGAUGAAUGCAGCAACGGUAGCAAUGAUUGCCACCAAAAUGCAACUUGUGCAAAUACCGCUGGAAGCUUUAAUUGCAGCUGUCAGUCAGGAUUUGCAGGAAAUGGCCGCCAAUGUCAUGGUAUAAUAUUGCCCGAUUUUCAAUUGAUCUGAAAGUUUAUGUCGAUCUUGAAUUAUGUUUUACAUUUUUUUCCCUUCUUUUUAAUUAGAUAUCAAUGAAUGCAGCGACGGUAGCCAUGAUUGCCACCAAAAUGCAGCUUGCAUAAAUACCCCUGGACAGUUUUAUUGCAGUUGUCAGCCAGGAUUCACGGGAGAUGGUCAUCAGUGUUAUGGUAUGACUCACUUCUUAAAGGAAUUGCACUUAAAUUUGGAAUCGGUGAUAAAUCGUAAAACCGGCGACCAGCGCGAUGAAUGCAAACAAAGCCAAUUACAAUCGCCACAAACAUAAUAUGUCUUGUGUUUAUACUCAGCUGGAAAGAAAUUCGUAUAAGGCCAGAAGUUACACUGUCAUGAUUACAUAUCGAUGAAUGCAGCAAAGGUAGCCGUGAUUACCACCAAAAUGCAACUUGUGCAAAUACCGCUGGACGCUUUAAUUGCAGCUGUCAGUCAAGAUUUGCAGGAAAUGGCCGCCAAUGUCAUGGUAUAAUAUUGCCCGAUUUUCAAUUGAUCUGAAGGUUUGUGUCGAUCUUGAAUUAUGUUUUACAUUUUUUACCCUUCUUUUUAAUUAGAUAUCGAUAAAUGCAGCAACGGUAGCCAUGAUUGCCACCAAAACACUCCAAAAAGACUCCAAAAAAUACUUAUAUAAAGACUUCUUCGAAAUUUCUAAACUAGAGCUACACUUAAUUUCAUUGGGAAGUGAAUUCCAAAACCUAGUGGCUGAUACUUGAAAAGUCCUAGCACCUUCUGAUUCUCUUUUAUACUUUGGACAAAUUAAAUUCAAAGAUCCAUAUCUACUUUGUCUUUCAGUAGAACGAAUGUCGAUGUUUCGUUUGAGUAAUUCUAGCACAUAAUCGGGACACACCCCGUUCAAACGUUUAUAAACUAAUGGGCAAUGAUUAAUCUUAGCUUCAAGAAGAAAAGAUAGCCAUGAUUGCCACCAAAAUGCAACUUGCAUAAAUACCCCUGGACACUUAAAUUGCAGCUGUCAGCCAGGAUUCACGGGAGAUGGUCACCAGUGUUAUGCCGGUAUGACUCACUUCUAAAAGGAACAGCACUUAAAUGUGGAAUCGGUGAUAAAUCGUAAAACCGGCGACCAGCGCGAUAAAUGCAAACAAAGUCAAUGAGCCACAAUCGCGAUAAAUGCAAACAAAGCCAAUGAGCCACAAUCGCCACAAACAUAUAUAUGUCCUUGUAUUUAUACUCAGCUGGAAAGAAAUUCGUAUAAGGCCAGAAGUUACACUGUCAUGAUAACAAUAAUAUUUUACUUUUUUGUAUUGGAUCGGGAAUCUAAUUCUUUAAUCUUUAAUGUCUCGUAGCAAUAGCAGCCCUGCUUUAUUGCCACCGGCAAGGAAUUUGUGUUAAUAUUGCUAGGCACCUGUCAGCCAGUUAUCUCCCGAAAAGGCCGUCAGUGACGUUUCGUAAUUUGCUUCUUCCUUAGUAAGAAAAUAAACUUUACUUGAACUUCGACCAAUAGACCUUUUUACCGAUACGGCGACCAUAUUGAAUUAAUUCAAUUUAAGGAGUAUUUAACAAUUAUUCCACGAGGGCGAGUUGGAUAUGAGAUAAUAGAUAGCCAACGAGGCGCGUAGCGCCAAAUUGGCUAUAAUCAUCUCAUAUCCAACAAGCGCGAGUGGAAUAAUUGUUUUAUUAAAAACGCCCACAAAAAUCUCGUUGAAUCUCUCCGACUAGAACAAACCGGAAAAGACAAGGGACUUCCGCUAUUCACAUGGAACACGUCUAUCAAAACUGUCAACGCGCGAACGGACUCGCCUGGACUGCAUGAAUCAAAAAUCAAAACAUUGUAGCGAUGAACAUAAGUUUUUUAAAAACUCAUCGGGAUUCUAGGAUUUUACACAGCAGAACAGCUAAAAAAAACCUGGCAGAUAAUGUGAAGGAAAAGAAUUUUUAAGUGACAGCUGUCAAAAUUACUGUGCCUUUGGAUUUUCGGUGCAGUUAUAAAAGUAAGAACAACGGAGAAAAACUAUUACCUCGGUCGGUUGUUAUGAACUUCUUUGAAGCCACAAGCUGGUUUUGCUGAACGAGAAAAGAAGCUAUACUGCCGCCUCGAUUGCUCUAGUGAAUGGCUACAUAGCCUGUAUUUGUAGCUGGUUACUUGUGAUUUAUAUUCUUGAUGUCGGAUAAACAAGCCGCAGUUAUCUAUCGGCGAGUGACUCGAUCGGCGAAUGACUUCGCGAUCAUGAAGAAACAGCACUUGUCUUCUUUCGUAGCUGGUCAAGGUACUUUAGUUCCAUGUGUUUUCAUGUGUUUUUCGACAAACUUUCAAACAAGCUCUUGUGGCUUUUUUGGUUGUUUUUGUCUUUUUUCUUUCGAUGAAAGUGCAUUUCUAGUGUUCUAAGAAAUGAAUUAAAACAAUUUGCUUCGGGCGCCGUUCUAUCCUUCGCGAAAAAAAUCUCAGCUAGCUUCCAAUUUUAAACUGAAGCGUACACCGACCAUAUAUGGAGAGCAUGGUAUAAUAGCUCAUAUACCAUAAUGGCUAAGCCAAUCAAAAUGCUAGAAUUUCGUUAACCAAUGAUUCAGUUUUUGAUAAUAGAGGAUGCCCAAAGGGCUUGGGUGCUUUUCGGGACAUUUUUUCUUAAAGUUUUCUUAGAAUAAGAUUGUAAUGGGAAAAAAGAUCCUUGUGCCGUGUUUGGAUGUAGUAAUGAUCGCCUUUUUCUAGUUUAGUAUUAGAAAUAAUGUAUUUCACUGUAUAUUUCUCGGGAAAAAGGCGAUAAUUAUUACAUCCAAACACGGCACAAGAAUCUUUUUUCCCAUUACAAUCUUAUUCUAAGAAAACUUUAAGAAAAAAUGUCCCGAAAAGCGCUCGAAAAUACCAACGAAAUGUGCUCAUGCCCCCUGGGCAUCCUAUAAUACUCCUUAAAUCGAAUUAAUUCAAUAUGGCCGCCGUAUCGGUAAAAAGGUCUAUUGCUUUUGCUUUAUGGUCUGAAUAUAUAUGACAGAGUGGAUCGAAUUUUGAAAUUUCGACUAAAGAAGAGAUAAAAUUAUAGUUUAUGUCAUAGAAAGUAGAAAGAAACAAUCACAUCUUCAUGAGAGACGUUCUACUAAGCCCUUCUUCCUCAAAUAUCUUGGAAUUACCGCGCCAAUCCUUCUAAGCCAUAACACAAACAGUUACUGGCAAGAAUCGGAUACGUAGUUCCUGAGGACUCGCAGCAGCUAACCACCAAAUUCAAAAUUUAAAAAUACGCAGAUCAAUUCUUCCAUCACGAUUUUUUCGAUUUAUACGAGUUUUAAGUAAAAUGGAUAUACAUCUAAUUAAUUGAUUAAUAAAUGGCGGACCCAAGAUGGUGGAUGGUUCCGGAUCUUUGUUUAUAAUAAAUGACGUCAUCGUGAUUUCACUGUGAAGUUAUUAAACCGAGAAAACAGCGAAACUGUCAGCUGGAAACAAACCUAUUCCUCGAAUCUCUCAUUCAGUUGUCAGACUCGGGUGCAGCUCAAUUCUAUCGACUGAAGCGGUUGCUGCACACAUGCGGAGCCUAAUGUAGUAAGAUCGAAAGAGUUUUCCUAAACAAGAACGCAUCGAAGUGGGAGGAAAGGGAAUAUUGUUCGAGCGGGGUUCUUCAAGAAAUUUGUCAUGCUGUACGUGUGAACUGCGUUAAGAAAAUGACGUCACAAAGCAAUUGUCUUGUGCUCUUGGUAACCAGGCCACGGAAAGAUAGCGUUUUAAUGGCGCAUUAAAAUUAAUGGUUUUUGAGCGCAAAAAACGACCACUUUCCUUAAUCGUAUGAAGCUAUAAUUUGCACACCAUGUACUGCAAGUACUAAACUGCCAAUCUAGCAAAAAAAAAAUGAUAGCCAAGGAUUUGAUCGUAGUAGAACUUUAAGGCGGUAAUCCAUAAAAUAAACGACACUACUCCUCAAGGCAGGUACUAUCAGCGUGGGCUUUUUAACCUUGAACAACCUUGUACCGUGAGCUAAUUAUUAAGAAACUAUAAACUAAUUAUUAAGAAACCCGGCCAUACACAAGAUAAACCUUAAGAAUAACAAUUUUUUUGUAAACAAAUCAUGUACUAAGUUAACCUCACUGUACAGAAGAAAGAAUAGACAGAAGCGUUGCGUCGGUUGUCCAAGAACGGCUGAGUAAGGAACGAAAUAUAAAGACGAGGCAAUGGAUUAUAAACAACUUGUCCAGGUUUUGUCCCAUAUGCCUCCGACAAGAAUUGCCGCCGUGACAGCGAUCCUUUAAUUAUGUUUGAGCGGAUUAACUUUAAUAGACUGCAGUUUUCAUGUUUUAUUCAGUCCAAAUGUAGUUCAUGUGAUGUUACCGAAGAGAACCGUUUCUUCCAAAUUUCGGCAUUACAUUUAGCUGCAUAUGUACGCAUAAUUAAAAAAGAAAAGACAAAGGGAAAGGGGAAAUUUCUUUGAUAACUGAUCACAUGACGUUUAUUUGGGUAACAAAGGCAUACAAGCAGUUGUGCUUUAGUUGGUUGAACAUUAAAGUUUGCUAAAUGCAGUGCUCACCUUUAAUGAAAGUACAGUAAGAUGUAUUAUACUUCGGAUUUAUUUUGCCACACAUACUUCUUCUUUCAGACCUCAAGGAAGGGAAAAAGUCGGUAAAAUCUUAGCCAUCUCAAGACCGUCAUCCACGCGCACUCUAGGAUUCCACAUUAUGACACCGAGUUAAACCACAUUUAAUUGUAUUUCUGUCGUACUUUGUGGGACCCACGAUCACCCUAUGUCACCCGACACAUAUACAGCAGUGGUAAUUCUUCAUAUUUGGUCGCAAAUUGUCUUUGGUCAAACAUUUACAAAAAUCACAACCAAAGUUUCGAAAGAGUUUUGCUGUUCGAGAAACCGGCAAAACGUGAAAUGUAGCGUUUGCGUCAUAGCUGGGAAAAUAACGAUUACAAAUUUGCCAAAAUUCUGGCAUUUUUAAAGUGUUCAGGAAAAAAACUGGCUUAAGGAAAUUUAUUUAUUUCAGUGCUGAAUUGCUCUCAUUUGUUUUCUUAUCCAGAUUGUUCCAGUUAUCACUUUGAAAAAUACCAAGAUUUACCAACCAGAGGAGCUCACGCCGUGGAACAUUUCACCAUUAACGGAAGUCUUUUUCUAGCGUUCGCCAACCAUGAAAGUGAUACCACCGAAAAAUAUAACACAGAUUCUUUUAUCUACAAGUUCAACGAUUUGACUGAAAAAUUCUUUCUUUACCAGACCAUAGGCACACAUGGAGGGCAUGACGUGGAAUAUUUUACAAUUUCUGGCGAACAUUAUCUUGCUGUUGCUAAUGUUCAAAAUGAAAAUACGUUCAGAUUGAACUCAGUUAUUUAUCUUUGGAAUGGAACAUUGUUUGUUGCCUUUCAAAACCUUACAACGAAAGGAGGAGCCAGCUUUAAUUUUUUUACAAUAGCGAAAGAACCUUUUCUUACCGCAUGCAAUCUCUUUGAUGAUGUUACGAAAAGUAUCAACUCAACCAUCUACAAGUGGAAAAACAACAUGUUUGAAAAGUUUCAGGAGAUAGCGACAGAGGCAGGUCGUGGAAGUGCUGCGUUUGUAAUUAACAAUGAAAGCUACAUUGCCUUUGCAAACGCCGUCCCGUCGGCAACAUCAGUAGUUUAUAAGAGGGCUGGGAUGCACUUUGUCGAGCUGCAAAAGCUUCAAAAGCAUAGUGCAAUGAAUGUAAAGUCCUUUUACAUUAAUGAUGAUGUGUUUCUCGCCACUGCCUCUCAACCCACACAGUCGUUCGUUCACAAGUGGAAUGGAAGUCAGUUUUUCCUAUUUAAGACUAUUCCUACUUACCGGGCCAGGGUCCUGUAUCCCUUUGUUAUGUGCGGUCAAACAUUUCUUGGUGCGGCUAAUCGGCGUAGGGGUGGCACCUACCACAUAAAGUCAGUGGUGUAUCGGUUCUCUCAGGACCAGUUCACUGAAUACCAGAAGAUUUCAACUUUUGGAGCUGUUGAUAUGACGUCAUUUGAGCACAAGGGUUAUACUUACUUGGCCAUUGCUAAUUCAGGAAAUGAGAAC